AAAAGAGGUAAUCCUCUGAGCUGUACACCAUCAGGAGUUCAGACAGAAGAAAGUAACAGUGGAACCUGAGCCUGCCUCCAGCAACAACUAUGAAGUCAGCUGUCCUCGCCUUUCUCGUCUGCCUGCUUGUCUUCUGUGCACAAGGGCACCCAGACUACAGCUCUAGUAAGUGCAAAUGUCUGAACGGUUACAUUGAAAAGAUUCACCCAAAGCUCAUCAAGGCAGGGCCAUUCGUACAUGACCCAAGUGUCUUCUGUCCACAUACUGAAAUAAUUAUUAAAACGGCAAACAAGGACAAAUGUGUGAACCCAAACUCCCCACUUGGCAAACUCAUUCUAAGAAACAAAAACAAGCAUGAGAAUAAUGGAACUCGGAGCACAUCGGCUUCAAGCUCAACAAGACCGCACACAACGUCCAGCCUGUAGGACUCUGCCACUGCACUCAAGAGAACUGGACACAAACUGUUUUGUAAUAGAAGGAACUGUUCAUCAUUAUCACUUUCAUCAUGUAAAUACAACAGGUGUAUGAAAGUCAUCAACAUCUCUGCAGAUAAAUUGUCAUGUAUAAUCUGUAUAUACUAAAAUAAAUAUGAAAACACACCUGA